UCUAUCUAUCUUGAUCAUCAAUAUUUAACGCGUAAAAAUAUGGCAAAGCUUAUGGUAAUAGCGUAUAUGUAUGGCAAUGCGUUUUGUAACUAGCCAAUUUAAUAAUAAAAACAUUCGCAAUUUUAAUUACUGAAACUCAGAAAAAGCAUUCGUUAGAAUGACAUAUUGUUGGGUAGAUAGCAAUCCUGAUUGUGCAGUUUGUUUACAACAAUGUCUGCAACCAGUUCAACUACCUUGUAAACAUAUCUUCUGCUUUUUGUGCCUUAAAGGCUUUGCCUACAGGAGCAAAAGGUGUGCUUUGUGUCGAAGUGUAAUCGAAUUAGAAUACUUCAACAACCCUAUUAUUAUUAAAGUUCGAGAAAAAGAGGAUGUUAGCUCGAGUACAUCUAAUAAAGUUAGUGUAAAUUUAUCAACACCAUCAAUUACAUAUAAUUGGUUUUAUGAAGGGCGCAAUGGUUGGUGGCAAUAUGAUGAGCGUGCAUCAUUAAUUCUAGAGAAAGCAUUUUCUAACAGCAAAAAAAAUUGUGAGAUACUGAUAGCUGGUUUUCUUUAUGUUGUAGACUUUGAACGAAUGGUUCAAUAUCGCAAAGAUAACUUAGCUCGAUUGCGCAAAGUUAAGCGAGAUUCCGACAGUACUGAUCUUAAAGGAGUAGCAGGAAUAAAGCUCCCGAAAGAGAUUGAAAACAAACCUGAUUCAAAAAAUGUUAUAAACAAAAAGGAACUUUUAACAAAUACUUCUGACAAUCAACUUAAUAAUAAUCAAGAGACUUUAGCUACAGAAAGACCCUUUAUAAAUCUUGCAUCAGAUUUAUCCCAGAAUAGCAGCGGUGUAAAUGAAGUGUUAUAUGGGAUUCAGCAAGUUGCUUUAAAAGAUUAACUUAAAAUACGAAAUGUUGAAACAUUUUAAUUGCCAGAAAAGAUGAAAUUAGUGUUACAAUAUCAAUUUAUCAAAAAAAGAGAUUUUUUUACUAAGCGGAGAAUAUAUCUAUUUAUUAUAAAAUUAUUUUUUGUUUGUCUCGUUUAUUUUUUUAAAAUUUUAAAUUUGUGAUUGUUGAAAAUAAAAAUUUCUUUUAGUUAAAUUAAUGCUUUUUUUUCCUAUUGUUUAGUUUUGUUUGCUAACUCAGUUUUAAUAUGGACUUAUAUCAUACUUUAUUACAGUAAACACAUCAUCUUUUAAAUUAUAACUAUAUUUGAUGUCCUAUCGUUAAUUUUUUCAAUUAAAAUGGUUCAAAGAA